CCGUUGCUCUGGGGUUGUUCACUGGCUCUGCCUUUCUUCGUAGAAGUCACAAAUGAGGUUGCUUGGGAAGAGUCGCUAAUGAUCGGCCUUGAAGGAGCCCUCCUAGGCUGCACUUUCAAUGCAUUAUCCUGUCGUUCAUGUGGCUUGAUUGUGGGCUUCAUUCUGUAUUCUACUUUCAGUGAUCUGGCUUAUCUCCGAGGCUUCUUCUGUUUCUUCAAGGACAGCAUCCUCUGUUAUCUCUUAAAAACUAAAAUGAUAAUAGAAGCCUCUAAGGUAAAUUUUCCUGCUUUGAGCCUAAAGGAAGAACUCGGAAAACUAAAAGAAAAACUUGUGGUGGUCCACAUGCGCCUAGAAUUGCUGAUGAAGAAGCUAGAGGAAUUGAACCAACAGAAUAACGUGGCAGAAAAGCAGAGCACUGCAUCAGAUGCAGCUGGUCUCAUGCCAGGAUAUGCAGUAGUCAAGAUGAACAAAUAAUAUGCCUUUUUAAAAGAACUACUGGAGUCGUUUCUACAUCUCUGCGGGGUUUGUUCAUUAUGAUGAAACAAUGCACAAAAAAAGGUCAGAGACUUAAUCUUUUACUUUAUGUGCGUAUAGAAAGAACUUAUGCUAAAGUGCAUCUCUUCAAUCUAGGGGGACCAUCCUGAAGCUAUGCUGUGAAAAAUUAAUAGCUCACCCAUGCAGCACAGUACUCUCUGAGGCAGCAGACCCACGGCUGUGGUUCUCCCAACAACUUUAGGGGAAAAAAGCAGCCUUCAGAAAGCUGAACUCAGCUUUUAGGGACUAUAUGAAACAUACUAAUAAGGUGAUACACAAGAGGAGCCAUUAUUAAUUAAACCUUCUUACAGAGGUCUACAAUUUUUUGUCUUACCUUUUCAUAUAGUUACAAUGUUUACGGUAGCUAGUUGUUGAUCAAGAGGCUUGUUAGCUGCAUCAGGUAUGAGAGGCACUGCUAAAUGGUGUCCUGAUAGUUCUUUUUUACUUAGGUAUGUGGCCUGCAAAAGAGGCCAGCUAGCAUGUCAUAGAAGCUGCACGGCAUGCUCAAAGCAUGGGAAUGGAAGGCACGUUGCUGCUUGGAGCACAAGGUUUUGCAUUACAAAUUCAAGCACAAUUCAAGUGCCUGCCAAGUCCUCUGGAAGAGCAACUCCAUGGCUGCACUGAGCUGGGUCAGAUUCCGUCUGCUUUGUCAACCUCAGACCGUGGGCAACUGCUUUUAAUAGAUUUGAGCCCAUCUCUGGGGUUGAAGCCAUGAAACCAAGGAAUGCUCUUUUCUCCUCCCUUCCUUUCUGCUCAGUCAUGGGAACACCGCUCUGCUGAAGCUGUGAUAGUCCACCUGCUGCCUUCCCUUGGCCAGUCAAGAUGUUUCACAAAAAAAUAGCCGAAGGGUACUCAUCAGCGUUUCUGUUAGUUUUGAAUAGGUUCUGCUCCUCUCCAAACAUCUAGAAACUCAUUUGAUGGAGAGGAAAGAAUGCUACUUAUCCCUUCUUAUUGCGACAGAACAUCUUAGUCCUUAAUUCCCAUUAGCUGGAAGAUUAAGGGUCCUUUUCUUCUCCCUCCUGCUGCCUAAAAGUUUGAUGUUUUAAAGCUUCCAUUAAGCUUAAUGACUGCCUGUAAUACUCUAGAGAGGAAUGUAUUUACUUGAUUGACUUAAUUCUGGUGAUGUGAUUUGCCCUCCUCUACUUCUGUUUCCACAUAUGAAUGGCAGAUUGUAGCAUGGUCUCAGUUGUUUUGAUGUAUUUGUAAAAUAACUGUUAUAAUUGACUGGAGGGGAUGAAACUCACUGCAAGGCACCCCAGGAGUUUAGACGGGCAACUGGUUGGUACUUAUCCUGCUACUUAUGUACAAUGUAACCAAUGCUUUUUGGUUAAUGGUUCUGGGUGCUCUCGAAGUUUGUUCGAAUUGAGUUAUAACAUAAAAUAUCAACAGCUGUUCUGCUGGAAGAGGAGCUCGUCUCCCUCAGUUAAAUUAUAAUAUUAUAUGCUACCUGAAUUACUAUUAUUGCUUGUUUAGGUCACUGACAGACAUGAGUGCAGAAAAGCAGUGCUUUUCAAUUACAGCUAAAUUCAAGAUAUCAAAAGUAACUACUUGAAGUAAAUAUUACACUUUUGUAAGAUCUGUUUCAUUGUCUGUAAUGAUAAACGUUUUCCUCUCUAAAAAGAGCUCUAGAACCCUUAUCCAGGGAGCUGUGCUUUUUAGAGUUGUCAUUGUAUGUUCAUGUAAGGUUGGAGUUGCUGUAUUUGAUUACUUCAUUAUUAAAAACAAGGAAUUUUUUUUGUAAAGUUGUGUUGUACAGUGACUUCUGCACUAUGUUUAAGGGCCUGUUGGUCUUUAACUGGGGUCUUGUGACAAAAUUCAUUUUGUAUGAUCAUCCUCCCAUCUCAGGUGAACGUUUUCACUUGUAUAACUUCAGUUUUGUCUUACUUUCCAAGUGACAGCCCUUUUGUUGUUGCAUCAGUCUAAGGAACGUGACUGAUAAUGGGACUAUUUACUUUUACCCUUUCAUUCUGGUUUCUGCAUUGACUUUGUUUCUUACUAUACACUUUACAUCUACUCUGUGUGUAAUAUAAAUAGUGGUGAAGUGUCUUGUUUCAUGUCUAAUAUUCUAGAUGCAGGAAUUGUAUUCACUGAACUUAGCUAAGCGUCCCUAAGUGAAAAAAGAAGCUGUCGGUUGUCUUUGUUAUGAUUUUACUGUUACAGUUGUAAAGAAGAAAUUUUUUAAUAAAAAAAACCCUG